AUGUCUGCAUUAAAUACAAAUUAUCUUAAUGCAGCUGUGAAUAACGGUCCAAAUCAAUUGCCAGGUUGGUAUAGAAAUUCAAUCAGCUGGUAUCUUUAUAAUAAUACUCGAACUACAAUAUGUGAUUGUGAUAAUGAUUAUUGUCAAUAUCCUGCGGGUUUUUAUCCAAUGAUAAACGAUCAUGAUGCAUUUUUGUACUGGUAUUUCAAACCACAAAAUUACGAAAUUCUCGACGCUAUUGAAGGUUUUAUGAUUUCAUGUACAACAAUGGAAAGUUUGCUGGGAGGAACAUUGGAAUGUCUUUAUAGUUUGAAAUGUGUUGCAAUUUUGAGGAGAUAUUUUCCAAAACUCAAUCAAACAAUAUUUGACGAUGAUAUCCUCAAUAAAUCAUGGUUAACUAAAUAUUCUUUGAAUACCAAUAUCAAUUCUUUAUUAGAAGAACUUUUUAUUGAAGAAUUCUCAUGUGAAAUUGAUUAUAAUCAAUAUUUUCAACGAUGUUCUCCAAAUAGUUGUACUUAUUCUUAUACAAAACGAGCUGAUUUUAUUUAUAUGAUCACCAUUCUCCUUGGUUUUUAUGGAAGUUUACAAACUGUUCUCAGAAAGAUUAUUCCUUUUCUUAUUAAAUGGGUUUUAAAACGAACGCCACGUUCGGCAAAUCAAAAUAAUCACGAAAAAAAGUCUCUCCGACGAUUAUUAAUACUUUUAAAGGCUUUCAAAACUCGAAUAUUCAAAUUGAAUUUAUUUAAAACAGCUGAUCGUUCACCUGAACUAAUUUACCAACAACGAAUAACAACAAGAUUAUAUCUUGUUUUACUUAUCGCUUAUGCUAAAAGUAUUGAUAGAGAGAAUAAUGUCAAAGAGGAAAGUUGA